AUGAAGUCUCUUACUCUUCUUUCCGCUCUUCUUUCUUCGGCUGCGGCAGCGCCGCACCUGCGUGCCAGGGAUACCAACUCACGCACCGUCUAUCAGUUCGCCGAGGGCACAUGGGUUGAGAACCUUGCAGUGCGCCAGAAUGGCAACCUGCUCCUUGACCUUGUUGACCGUCCUGAGGUCUAUCAAAUAGACCCUAACGCCAACGGCUCUUCUCCUUCCUUGGUCUACCGCUUCUCGGAUGUCACCAGCGUCUUUGGCAUUUCUGAAGUCUCUACCGAUGUCUUCAACGUCAUCACCGGCAACUUCUCCCUUUCCACCUUUGCUUCUACCGAGGGGUCGUACAGCGUCUACCAGAUCGACCUCAGCGGCAGAAACACCGGGGUCAGGAGGGUUGCGGCCAUCCCUGAAGCCGAGUUCCUGAACGGCAUGACGACCCUGAACUCCAACUCAGUGCUCGUUUCCGACUCGCAGGCCGGUGUCGUCUAUCGUGUUGACGUCGAGACCGGAAAGUACGAAGUCGUUCUCGACGACAGCACCAUGAAGCCCCCGUCGAAUGCCUCGAUCCCCAUUGGUGUCAACGGCAUCAGGGUCCUCAAUGGCUACCUCUACUACCAGAACCUCUUCGCCAAGCUCUUCUGCCGCGUCGCCAUCGAUUCGACCACCGGAAAGGCCGCCGGCCCGUACGAGACCCUCGCCACGAACUCCUACGCCGAUGACUUCGCCAUUACCAACGAGGCGGUUGCUUACGCCGCCAACGGCUUCGAGAACGAGAUCCUGAAGGUCACGACCGCUGGCACGGUCGAGGUUGUUGCAGGUUCCCUCACUUCCACCCUCGUCGAGGGUGCCACAUCUGCACAGUUUGGAAGGACCAGCAAGGACAGCAGCGUCCUCUACGUGACUACUGGCGGUGGCAUCGCGGCCCCUAUCAACGGCACGUAUACUGAGGGUGGAAAAGUUGUUGCCCUGAGCGGUCUUAUUUAA